GCGUCGUCCAGCUGCUGUGCUGGGUCCGCGAUGUCCUUGCGCCUGGCGAGACUCGCCCGCCCGGGGGCUGCGGCCGCUCGGGGCCGCCCGGGGCUCGGCGCCCUGCGAGUGGCAAAUAUUCACGUGAGCGCUCAACAGAAGUUGCGGUAUGGCUGGUUGGCUUAUAUGUUGGGAGAGAGAGCUACUAAAAAAUUCAAUAAAUACAGCAAAAUCUUUACUGUGGAUGGCAACUUAUCUUCUGGGAAGGGCAAACUUGCACAACAAAUAGCAGAAAAGCUAGGUAUGCAGUAUUUCCCAGAAGCAGAUGUGCAUUAUUUGGACAGGGUUACAGGAGAUGGAACGCUAUUGGAUGAGAAAUUUAAUGGCCUUUGUAGUCUAGAGAAAUUUUACGAUGAUCCUAAAUGUCCUGAUGGAAAUUCAUAUCGCCUACAAGCCUGGUUGUACAGUAACCGUGUUUUACAGUAUUCCGAUGCACUGGAGCUCCUCCUGUCUACAGGACAAGGUGUAGUGAUGGAACGCUCCGUUUACAGCGACUUUGUGUUCAUGGAGGCGAUGUUUCAACAAGGCUAUAUCCACAAAAGAUGUGUUAAUCACUAUAAUGAAGUCAAGGGCAUCAGUAUCUGUGAAUUCCUGCCACCUCAUUUGGUGAUCUAUAUUGAUGUACCAGUCUCAGAGAUACAGAAAAGGAUCCAAGAGAAAGGAAAGCCCCAUGAGAAAAAGGUGUCUCCUGCAUACCUCCAGAGCAUUGAAGAUAUCUACAAGAAAUCUUUCCUGCCAGAGAUCAGUGAGACCUCUGAGGUUUUGCAGUACACAGCGAGCGAGGCGCAGGAUGUAGAGAAGGUAAUUGAAGAUAUUGAAUAUCUGAAGUUUGAUAAGGGACCUUGGCUGGAACAAGAUGAUGUUAGUUUCCAUCACUUGAGGCUUUAUAUGGAGGACAAACAUAAAGUGGUGAACCCUACAACUAUCCCUCGCUACAUCCCAGAAAUCACAGUUGGAGGCAAUGAAUUUGAUAAACUAUAUUACCAAUACAGAUCGUGAUAGACAGCUUCUGACAGAGAAUACGCCAAAGUCCUCAGCCUUCCUGAGGGUAAUGCUAGAUUACUUAGAGGUAUCCACAGAGGGGAAGAAAUCAAAUAACACUACAGUUCACGCUCCCAAACUGAAUCAGAGAGUCCUGCUGGAACCUUCUAGGGACUUCUUUUCUCAUCCCUCCAGACGUGUCCUCUCUCUUCUCCCAAAAUUAGGCAGAUAAUUAUUUGAAGGGAAACGUUAAUGCAAGCAGCAUUUGUACCUCAGAAACCAGAGCUGGAUAAUUCUUCUCUUCUCACUGCAGAUCAAAGGAAGACUAGUCAGUGUUUCCCCUACACACACUCUUAGAAAACCUUUGAUAUUGCUGUUAAUUGAGAGCCAAAUAAAAUUAGUGGGGGCUAAUUAUCACUAGUCAUCCUUGAGUCUGAGGCUGGUACUGAAGUCCACUGCUCCCUGUACAUUGUUCAGGGCUGUAAACAGCAUGGAAAAUCAUUUUCAGUGUGUCAAGUUCACUUGGGAUUUCUCUGAAAGUGCAGCUCUGAAUUAAUAACCAUGCAGCCCAGCAAUUUGUCUCUUUUCUGGAAUGUAUGUUAUAAUUACAAUAGAUGGACGUCUCCCUUCUCAUUCGUCUAUGAACAAGAAGAAAACAUAGCUAUUGCAUUAGAAGAUCAGACCUGUGGUCUGUCUAGUCCAGUGUCCUGUCUCCUACAGUACCUAAACUAGCUCCUUUAGAGGAGGGUCUGAGAAACCAUUCAGCAGACGAAUGUAGGAUAACUUGUCUCCCUGUAACUCUUGUCUUGAUCCCUAUUAGAGAUCUGGCUUAAGCCCUGAAACGUGAAGUUUAAUAUCCCUUCCCAUUUAUUUAAGUAUUAACUGACAUAACUGUGGAUAUUCUUGUCAUCCAUACAAAUGUCCGUUCCCUCUUAGGAUCUUGUUCAAUUACAUCCUGUGGCAAUGAGUUCCACAGUCUAAUUACAUGGGUGAACAAGUAUUUCUUUUGAUCAGUUUUGAAUUUCCCGCCUUUCAGUUUCACUGAAUGCCUACUCCUCCCUCCCCAGAAAAAAAACCCAAACCCCACAGAUAAGACUUCUAUAAAGAGAUGUAUUUUUAUUGUAUAAUAAUACUAGCCCAAGAAGUGAGUUAACUAAAAGAAGAUACAGCAUGGGCCCUCACUGUGUGUGAAGUGCUACUCGGACACUUGCUGGCAGCUCUGGUUGGGAUGGGGAUGAUGCCUAGAGUGGAAAUAAACACCCAGGCAGGCCUCCAAUCGUCCCAUCCUUCUUCAUUAGUACAGAGGCUCAGGGCUUCCAUACUAAUCCUCUCUUUACAAUAAAUACAAGGACACCACAGAGAAAAUACUUUAGAUGCUGGGGAUUCCAGAGUCAGGGUGUGCAACAAGGAGAUUGUGGCAGAAUAAUAAAUGUAGGGUUAACACCAAAAUAAUUGUACUGUGGAGUAAUAAACAUUUUGGCCAUUGGUCUCAGAUUUUAGAUAUGGUGAUUGAGACAAACAGCAUGUUACCUACACAGAAAAUGUCCUCAGAACAUUGAAAAGAAAAAAUUCUUUCCAAGCCAAACAUUGUCAUGUUUUCAGAACACUGCAGCUCUUUCUUUAAUGUAAGUAAUUACAUUGUAAAUUGUGUUUCAGUUUAGCCUCUCUCUGUUUUUCCAAAAUUAAGAAGGCUAAUUAUUGUUAGGGUAACUCCCUCCCUCCUUAUGUAUGACUUUAUCAAAGACAGCUGCUAUGGCAACACCAUCUUCUGUUUUCUCUCCCCUGCUAUUUUUUCCUUUGCCAUCUUAAGUUGUUUUCAUUUUUCUGGAUCAAGGUCUCCCUUUCCAUUUUUUAUUUUAAUGGAGAUAUUUGACAGCUUUAAUACAGAGCACUGUCUGUUCUCAGAGCUGAGAAGAAAAGUUUAAUAAAGACAGACGUGCAAUAAACAAGAAAAAGGCUCUGAUUUCUAAGUGUUCUGCUUUGUGAAAUAUUUGUGUCUUCAACAUUAUUUUUUUAGCAGAUUCCAGUAAAUAAAAUUGUUCUUGACAUCAAA